AUGACCCCGGAAAAAUGGCAUGCAAUGCUUACGGUGCACCGAAUGCUUCUACAGGAGCACCAUGAUUUUUUCAUGGCUUCGCAACACCCAUCCUCACUUCCAUCUUUCAGGCGCAUAUCGGAGAAGUACGCUAUGCCGGCUCGUAUGUGGCGCUAUGGAAUCCACACAUUUCUCGAGUUCCUACGUCGUAGACUGCCCGAGUCCUUAGAGCCCAUGCUGACAUUCAUUUACUAUGCAUACUCCAUGAUGACCCUCUUUCUGGAGACCGUGCCGUCGUUUGAGGAGACAUGGAUUGAAUGCCUUGGAGACCUGUCGCGAUACCGCAUGGCCGUCGAGGAGUCCAAUCUGCAGGACCGGGAAAUUUGGGGCGGAGUCGCAAAGUAUUGGUACAACAAAGCGGCGGACAGGAACCCCGACGUCGGCCGCAUUCAGCAUCAUCUGGCCGUCCUAGCGCGACCCGACAUCGUCCAGCAGCUUUUCUACUACACCAAAUCUCUUGUCAGCGUGCGCUCAUUCCCGGGGACCCGAGAGAGCAUUGUGCUUCUAUUUAACCCUGUCAUCAAGGGCCCACGGGUUGGUCAUUAUCAUCAGGUCAUGGCCGAAUUUGUGACCGCACACGGCUAUCUAUUCGGCCGGACUACCUCGGAGCGUUUCUUCAGCGCAGCCGAAAACUUUUUGUCGGGUUUAGACAAUCAUAUCCCCCGAGUUGGAGGAGCAUUUAAAAUGCAGGGAGUUCAUAUGGCUGCCUCAAACUUUGCUGCUAUGCUGGAGUACGGCAGCACCAACGCUCUCUUGCCGAAUGAAUUCCGCCUAGCAUCCACGACACAAUCCAGACCUCUUGAGGACAUUGAUCCAUCCGUUUCCAGGCACUGGACUUCCAUCAGCGAACCUCAGAAGGUUGCCGAUGAUUUUCUUGCGCUCGACGACCCUGAAAGUCCUUCCCGUUUCAUAUUCUACGGCUCGUAUCUCGCAUUCCAAACAUUUUCCAUUUUCCUCGACCAAAUAGGCGAUAAGAAUAUCUAUGCGGCUCUCCACUUCUCAUUAGCGUUUUUGUGGUGUUUGUCAUGCACGUCGGGCGGCAUGAAAUAUGCCGAACUGGUGGUUCCCUGGAGGCGGAUUGUCGCCUUUCUCAACACCAUGUUUUCGCCCUUGUUGGACAUGAGCUUGGUGGAAAAGGACGAGUUUCCCAUCUCUGAUGAGACCAAAUGGAUACCCGAAGACUUUCUCAUCCGCGGCCAUAUCUGGAGUCAGGCCUACUAUCCCCCUUCCUUUUUCGAAGGUUCCCCGACUGAGGAUGACGGACGAAACAUCGAAAUGCCAUCGCUCAAAAUCUCCCGGAUGUAUAGAUGUCUUUGGCUAGGAGUGAGGCUGGCAAAGUUCGAUCGUUGGAUGACCUAUGACUCUGCUUUGCAGAAAUUCUCCGUUACCCCCUUUGCUCUGGAACUCGAGAGGCUCGCGGAAGCACAGUGCCCCUUUCACAUCACUACACCGCAAGAAGUCUCCGGUGCCGAUGUGGAAAUGCGUGGCUCUUGA